GCUAUAUACUUAUGGUAUGCGGGAAAUUACUUAUAUCAAAAUCUUGUGGGGUAUCCGGGCUUAAAUUUAAAGUCCAGGAUUUUAGUUUAGCUGCUCACGUUCAACUGGAGCUUGACAAAGGAAUAACGGGUCAUUGAGAAUACAGGCGGAGUCUGCUGAAAAACUCAUUUUAGUAUGUCUUCAUUGGGCUGGGUGUGGUUUUUCAGUCACCGUGCCGUUAGCAGGAAAUUAAGCUCUGGAUCACCACUUUGAGGCGAUACAAAGAAAAUAGGAAAAUACGAGCAGUUUGAAAAGUUUGAAAUCAAAGUUUAACUGAACUUGACGGACGAUUUUCAGAUUGUGCACUUUAUCUAAUGGACACAAGUUUUUGUUGACUCCAUUGUUGCUACCAUCCAAUUCCUGACAUCAGUGACUAAGGACAGAUAACUGCGAAAAUGCCGAAGACUAUUAGUGUGCGAGUUACCACGAUGGAUGCAGAGUUGGAGUUUGCCAUCCAGCCCAACACAACGGGAAAGCAACUCUUCGACCAGGUUGUGAAGACAAUCGGACUGCGGGAGGUGUGGUUCUUCGGACUGCAGUACCAGGAUACAAAAGGUUUCUCAACCUGGCUCAAGCUUAAUAAGAAGGUGACUGCCCAGGAUGUGAGGAAGGAAAGUCCACUACUGUUCAAGUUCCGCGGAAAGUUCUUCCCUGAGGACGUGUCAGAGGAGCUGAUCCAGGAGGCCACCCAGAGGCUGUUCUUCUUGCAGGUGAAGGAGGGGAUCCUCAACGAUGACAUUUACUGCCCCCCGGAGACUGCUGUGCUGCUGGCCUCCUACGCCGUACAGGCCAAGUAUGCUGACUACAACAAGGACAUCCACUCGACAGGAUACCUGUCCAGUGACAAACUGCUGCCUCAGAGAGUCCUGGACCAGCACAAGCUCAACAAGGAGCAGUGGGAGGAGAGGAUCCAGGUGUGGCAUGAGGAACACAAGGGCAUGCUCAGAGAGGACUCAAUGAUGGAGUACCUGAAGAUCGCUCAGGACCUGGAGAUGUACGGUGUCAACUACUUCAGCAUCAAGAACAAGAAAGGAUCAGAGCUAUGGUUAGGAGUGGACGCCCUGGGACUCAACAUUUACGAACAGAAUGAUAAGAUGACACCUAAAAUUGGAUUCCCAUGGAGUGAAAUCAGGAAUAUUUCCUUCAAUGACAAGAAGUUUGUUAUCAAACCCAUUGACAAGAAAGCACCAGACUUUGUAUUCUAUGCUCCACGACUGCGUAUCAACAAGCGCAUCCUGGCACUCUGCAUGGGCAAUCAUGAGCUGUAUAUGCGUCGCCGCAAACCAGACACCAUUGAGGUACAGCAGAUGAAGGCCCAGGCCAGAGAGGAGAAGAACCACAAGAAGAUGGAGAGGGCACUGCUGGAGAAUGAAAAGAAGAAGAGAGAACUUGCUGAAAAAGAAAAGGAAAAGAUUGAAAAGGAGAAGGAGGAUCUUAUGGAGAAACUGAAACAGAUUGAGGAACAGACGAAAAAAGCUCAGCAAGAGUUGGAGGAACAGACGCGGAAGGCUCUGGAAUUGGAGCAUGAGAGGAAGCGUGCUCAGGAGGAGGCGGAGCGUCUGGAGAAGGAGCGCAGGAUGGCUGAGGAGGCCAAGACUGCCCUGCUCCAGCAGUCUGAGAACCAGAUGAAAAACCAGGAACACUUGGCCACGGAACUGGCUGAGCUUACCUCAAAGAUCUCCCUACUGGAGGACGCCAAGCAGAGGAAGGAGGAUGAGGCAACGCAGUGGCAACAGAAGGCCUGCAUGGUACAGGAGGACCUGGAGAAGACCAAAGAGGAGCUGAAGAGCAAAAUCAUGGCGUCCCACAUACAGGAGCCUAUGCAGGCCGAGAACGAGCAUGACGAGAACGACGAGACCAGCGACCAGGCCAGCGCCGAGUUCACAGGUGGUAUCUCCCACAAAGACCGCAGCGAGGAGGAGCGCAUGACCGAAGCCGAGAAGAACGAGCGUGUACAGCAACACCUGCAGGCUUUGAGCUCGGAGUUGGCCAUCGCUCGGGAUGAGACCAAGAAAACCGCAAAUGACAUCAUCCACGCAGAUAAUGUGAAAGCGGGACGGGACAAGUACAAGACCCUCCGGCAGAUUCGGUCGGGCAACACCAAGCAGCGUAUAGACGAGUUUGAGUGCAUGUGAUGCAUCUUGUUUGCAACUGCUAUAGGCCCCACAGCGGUGCCAUACUUGGUCCAUUCAUUCUAGACUGCAGACACUGCCUUACACAAGCUACAGUGCCUUCUACCCAAACAAGACCAGUAUACAUAUCAAAGAGCAACAACAACAAAAAAGUACAGCGCAAUGCAUUUGAAUAAUGGUGCAGAAAUUACAUUACAAGUAAUGAAAUAAGUGCAACAGGUAAUAAGGGAGAUAUUUAAUAGAACAGUUUAAAGUGAUCAAUUUUAUUAUAGAUGGAGGGUGUUUUAUUGAGUAUCCUUUACAAGUUAUUUUUAAUUGAUUCAUUCCUCACACUGUUUUAAACUGAAAACGAACUAAAUAACAACUCGAUGCAGGACAGCUGCAAUUUGAAUUACAUUAUGGUUGGUCACUAUUUGGGUGUCAUUGUUUCAGAGCAGGUCUGUUUGUUUUGAGGUGGACCGUUAAGCAUUUUCAGCAAAUGAAGAGAACAUCAAACUGUAUUUAAAUUAGCAUUUUUUAAUUCUAAUUUUAAGCAUUUAAAUAGAUGGUUGUCUUUCUAAGAGAAGGACAUCUUUGUUUGGAAACCCCCAGCAGUAUUGCUUUUACGUAAGAUUUGAUUAAGUCCAUUUGAAUGACUCUUUAUAGACCAAGUGUAUCUGCUAUGAUGUAUAGCCAUGCACACUAGUAGCUGCCAUGAUUAGGAGUUUCUUUUGUAUAUCAAUCUUUUGCUAAAUCUUGUAUUAUAUGGCAUUUGAAGCAAUAUGAUUCGAAGACCUGCCUCGAAAGAUUUAUUUUGUCAUUUGGAUUUUUUAAUAAAACAAGUUGUGUAAAAAGAUGGAUGUCUUACGGAUUGUAAGUGUCCCUCUAGCCUUUUCUCAGUAAAUUAUAUGAAUGACUGGAAGCCACCAGCCAGAAUUAAAACAAGGAUGAAUAUUGUAAUUCUUACAGUACUGGGCAGUGCCUUGUCAUCUGCAGAAUGUUUCAGCAGACCUUUGCUGCUUGAGUCUUCAUUUCAACUGUCAUUAAAAGUGGAAACUACACUGUU